AUGUCUUGGAAUCGACUCAUUCAAUUCAAGGCGGAAGAUGGCAACCUUCAUUAUGGAGAUCCGGUCAUCUCAUCACCUUCCGACCUACAGACUCUCCUUGCCAGCGGCCAGCUCAAGGCUCGCGAGCUUGCCGGACCAGAUAUUACUUCUCUCAAGCCCACUGGACAGGAACUUUUGGUCAAGGAGAUCACCGGUCCACUAUCACCAUCGGAUGUGCCAAUAGUACGAUGCAUCGGCCUCAACUACCAAAAGCACAUUCAGGAAGGAGGUCGCAAGCCUCCACCGUAUCCAUCCAUCUUCAUCAAGAGCUCAGCCACGAUCACUUCAUGGAACGCUAAUGUUACUGUUCCGACGAUAGUACAUCCAACCGACGAAUUGGAUUACGAAGGGGAGAUGUGUAUAGUGAUCGGCAAGACUGGAUCAAACAUUCCAGCCGACAAGGUGGAAGACUACAUCUUAGGCUACACAACUGGUAACGAUGUCAGUGCACGCAAGUGGCAGCGUGAUCCUGCAUUCGCCGGUGGCGUACCGCAGUGGUGUUUCGCAAAAGGAUUUGAUGGUUGGUGUCCUGUUGGACCAAUGAUCGUCAGCCCCAAAGUCCUGGGCUUCGCAGAUAAGCAGAGCUUGAGGACCUGGGUGAACGGUGAUUUGAGGCAGGAUAGCGAUACGAGCGAUUUGCUGUUUGGUGUGAAGGAAAUAGUGCGGUUUGCAAGCCAGGGAACUACUUUAGAAGCUGGUAGUAUAAUCAUGACGGGUACACCAGCGGGGGUGGCGAUGGGUAUGGCAGAGCCAAAAUAUCUCAUAGAUGGAGAUAUUGUCGAGAUUGAGAUCGGUGGGUUGGGAAGGAUCCGGAAUAGGAUGGUCUUUGCGAAGGAUCAGGCGCAACCUUAG